UGCCCCGCGGGAGGAAGCGCCAGAGUCGCCGCUGUCCCGAGCUCAGCCGGGCUCCACUCCCGCCCCGUGCCAGCGACAUCGCCCACUGCGGCUGCGGGCACCGGGCACCGUGCUCCAGGCUGGCCGGGGAUGCGAGCUGCUCCCGCGACGGUAUGGCAGCCUCAGGAUGGGGCCGAGGAUGCGACAUCCUCAUCUUCUACAGCCCAGACGCGGAGGAAUGGUGCCAGUACCUACAGGACCUUUUCGUGUCCUGCCGCCAGGUCCGCAGCCAGAAGAUGCAGACAUACCGCCUGGGCCCAGACACCUCCUUCUCUGCGGAGGACCUGCGGGUCUUCCGGGAUGCACGGUGCAUGCUGGUGCUACUGUCUGCGGGGCUGGUGGAAUGCUUCUGCCAGCCAGGACUGUUGCCAGUGCUGCAGCGAGCCUUUCACCCUCCUCAGCGUGUGGUGCGGCUGUUGUGUGGAGUACAGUCCAGCGAUGAGGACUUUCAGGCCUUCUUUCCCGAAUGGGCACACUGGCAGGAGCUCACCUGUGACGACGAGCCGGAGACCUACCUGGCGGCUGUGAGGAAAGCCAUUUCGGAAGAUUCUGGCUGUGACUCGGUAACUGACACGGAGCCUGAGGACGAGAGAGCUCUUCCUCUCUCGAAGCAGACGAGCCUGCCUCUGGAGACAUCGCCUGGGAACCUGAUGGUGGUGCAGCCGGACCGCAUUCGCUGUGGGGCAGAAACCACCGUGUAUGUCAUUGUGAGAUGCAAGCUGGAUGAGAAGGUGUCAACAGAAGCAGAGUUUUCUCCUGAGGACUCGCCCUCCAUCAGGGUAGAAGGCACACUGGAGAACGAGUAUACGGUUUCUGUGAAGGCUCCAGACCUCUCAUCGGGAAAUGUUUGUCUGAAGGUAUAUUCUGGGGACUUGGUGGUAUGUGAAACCACCAUCAGCUAUUAUACUGACAUGGAGGAAAUUGGGAACUUACUGUCCAGUGCCGCCAAUCCCGUGGAGUUCAUGUGUCAGGCCUUUAAAAUUGUGCCCUACAACACAGAGACUCUCGAUAAACUGCUUACGGAGUCCCUGAAGAACAACAUCCCUGCAAGCGGACUGCACCUCUUCGGGAUCAACCAGUUGGAAGAAGAAGAUAUGAUGACAAAUCAGAGGGAUGAAGAGCUGCCCACCCUGUUGCAUUUUGCUGCAAAGUAUGGACUGAAGAACCUCACCGCCUUGUUGCUCACCUGCCCGGGGGCUCUCCAGGCCUAUAGUGUGGCCAACAAGCAUGGCCACUACCCCAACACCAUUGCUGAGAAACACGGCUUCAGGGACCUUCGCCAGUUCAUCGACGAGUAUGUGGAGACUGUGGACAUGCUGAAGAGUCACAUUAAAGAGGAGCUGAUGCAUGGUGAGGAGGCUGAUGACGUGUAUGAGUCCAUGGCCCACCUGUCCACAGACCUGCUCAUGAAAUGCUCCCUCAACCCUGGUUGUGAUGAGGAGCUAUACGAAUCCAUGGCUGCCUUUGCCCCAGCAGCCACAGAAGAUCUCUAUGUUGAAAUGCUUCAGGCCAGUGCAGGUAACCCAGGCUCUAGAGAAAGUUACUCUCGGCCCACUAAGGACUCAAUGAUCCGCAAGUUUCUAGAAGGUAACAGCAUGAAAUCAGCCAGUUUGGAGAGAGAACAGCCCCAUUCCCAGAGGGAAGAUAUUUAUCACAUCGUGGAUGAAGAUGAGACCUUUUCUGUGGACCUGGCCAACAGACCCCCUGUCCCCGUGCCCAGGCCAGAAACCGGUGCUCCUGGCCCUCACCUGCUGCCCGACAAUGAGCCGUACAUUUCUAAAGUUUUUGCAGAAAAAAGUCAGGAACGGCUUGGGAAUUUCUAUGUUUCUUCAGAGAACAUCAGAAAAGAGCCACCCGUGAGGCCGUGGAGGGACAGGCCCCCAUCGAGCGUCUACGACCCAUUCGCUGGGAUGAAAACACCAGGCCAGCGACAGCUCAUUACCCUGCAGGAGCAGGUGAAGCUAGGAAUCGUCAACGUGGAUGAGGCUGUACUGCACUUCAAAGAGUGGCAGCUCAACCAGAAGAGGCGUUCCGAGUCCUUCCGCUUCCAGCAGGAAAAUCUUAAAAGACUAAGAGACAGCAUCACCCGAAGGCAGAGAGAGAAGCAAAAAUCCGGAAAGCAUGCAGAUCUGGAGAUCACAGUGCCAAUCCGGCACUCACAGCUGCUGCCUGGAAAAGUGGAGUUUGGAGUGUAUGAGAGCGGCCCCAGGAAGAGCGUGUUUCCCCCCAGGACGGAGCUGAGACGUGGAGACUGGAAAACAGACAGCAUGUCCAGUACAGCAAGUAGCACGAGCAACCGAUCGAGCACACGGAGCCUCCUCAGCGUGAGCAGUGGGAUGGAGGGUGACAAUGAGGAUAAUGAAGUCCCUGAAAUUACUCGAAGUCGUAGCCCAGGUCCUACCCAAGUGGACGGAGCACCAGUUGUGACGGGAACACCGAUUGUGACCCUUGAGAGGCCUCCCAGGGUGCCUCCUCGAGCUGCUUCACAGAGGCCUCCAACCCGGGAGCCCUUCCAUCCUCCUCCACCGGUUCCCCCGAGAGGUCGCUGAUUUCACCUCCUAAAUCCAGCCUGCUUCAGGACUUUUAAGACUUGCAGUUUUCAGCCUGUUGAUAAAGUCUUCCUCUUGAGUAUUCUGCAUGACUACGGACCUUAACAGCCACCAACACUGAUGUUGCAGCCCUGCUGGUUUGGGUGUUCGUUGAAGACAUUAAGGCAUGGUGGAAUCUGAGACUAAAGACUUUGUUCAAGGUCGCCAAGGAUACUGGUUCACGUUCUUGUUUGCCAAACGGAUGAAGACUCUAUCAAAAUACUUACCUCUCAUAUCCUAUAGCAGGAGGCUAACAGGAUGGAUGGAAACGUACUUAACAAAUGAGCAUACUGUAGUAAACAUGGAUUAGUCCAUACAUACCGGCUAGUCCAGCCUAGUUUCUAGGAGGGAUUAUAGCACUUCCAGCAAAAGAAGUGGCCCAACUCUGAAGCAGUUCUUCCACAUUUCUGUGUAUGUGCUGGGGCUGGUCACAUAACAAAAAACUUCAACUGAUUUUAGAAAGGGGUCAGACCGGAUUCCUUUCCCACUGUUGGCGUCUGAGGUCCCCCAGAAGUAUGGAACUAAGAGAAGGCAGGUGGUUCUAUGCCAUCACACUUUUCCCCCUCUUACAUGUGUAUGUGUAUGUUUGUAUGUCUGUGGAGACCAGGGGCAGGGGCAGACGUCUUCACCGGCCCCUCUCCAUCUGUUCACUGAGGCAGAGUCUCUCAACUGGACUCAGGGAUUAUUGACACAGCUAGUCUAGCUUGCUCCAGGGAUCCUGUCUCCACUCUCCUGGAGCUGAGAUCCAUGCCCCCUUGACAUCUGUGUGGAUGUGGGACUCUGAGCUCAGGUCCUCAGGCUUGAACAGAAGCACUUUAUCUAAUGACCCAUCUCCCCAGCCCGUCACCACAUUUUCUGUCUCCAUGAGCCAAUCCUCUUUUAAGAACUCCCCAAUGUAGAAAUAUAAGCAUACCUGACUAUCAACUGGCCUUCCAGAAGUUUCCCCCUUACAUAUCACUCAGGCAUGGGACUACCAGGUACUGCUUUCAUUUUGGGCAUUUAUACCUCAGUAUGCUGUCAAACUAGUCAUUUGCCAGGAAACCACUGAAAACGGCCAGAACCAGAAGCUUGAGGUACUAGGUAUCCAUUUAUAAGUCUGUGGCCUUUAUAGUUCUGGCCAUAAAGAAAGAGAAGGACCCUUGACUUUUUCUCUCUUGAGGAGCCUGAAGUGGUGGGAGAAAAAGGCUAAAAUAUUUUCUCUCAGACUUACUACUGUUACUAUGUACAGUUACUAUUAGGCCUGGUCAAUAUGUGCAGAGAGCAGAGAACUGGAGCCAUGCUAUGAAUUGUGAGUUCCUGUUCUGUAAAUCUACCUUCAAAUCACAGAUCCUUAACCUCACCUGUACAUACAGCAAACUUAUCAGAAGCAUUUCUUUGUAAAAGGCACAGGCAAUAUGGUUGUUUCUCAUGAAAUCGUUGUCCAAUCCCACAUAGAUGUUAGGAUUAUUGAUCUGUUCCUGUGUAUUCUUACUGGGUCCUUUUCUCUUAAUUAAAGGCUCUUCUUCAAUCUCAUUCCUCCGUCGAUCACUUCCUGAGCUUAACUUCUGGGGGACCCUUGAGUUGUUGUGUGUAAAGCCCACCAUUGAUCAUGUCUACCGUGUGAGAAUAUUUUCACAAAGUAUCCCAUAGAGAACCUGGAACACGGUGAUCAUUCUGCAAAUGUGCUCCUUCAACCCUCCUGUCACUUGUUUGGGAGAAAUAAGAGACGAUCACACAAAAGAACAAAAAAUGACAACAUUGGCGUGGUUGUCUUCCAGUUGUUUAUGGCCUCCAUCUUGAGGAUUUUGAUAAAAGAUUGAUAUCUCUUUAUUGUAAGCCCCUUUUUGGAAACCCAACUUAGGUUUGUGUACAUACUCUGGCAACAAGUUUGGUAAUAACAUGGCAAGGCCAGCCAAUGGUAUUAGCAUCGUGUAUACAUGGCAUUGUUUGUGCAAUGUUUGGAUAUAUAAUUGUAUUUUAUUCUUGUCUUAAAAUAAAUAGAAAACAAAAUUGAAAGUG